AUGGUCCAGACGAGAGCGGGCCGCGGUGCCUUGGACCAAAAUGUUAUCGACGUCGCGCCUUCGGCAAGGUUGACACGACGCCGUGCAGGUGUUGACGAGACGGCGGGGGGACGCGCACCGGCCAUCAACACCACCAUCAUCGCCGAGGCCGCAGGCGCAGGCGUGAGCGCAAAAUCCCGGCUGACUCGGGACAAGAGCAGAGCAGAGGUCCCUUCGAGCGUUACUGAAGAGGAAGUGGAAGAGGAAGAAGACGUAAAUGGAGAAGAAGAAAACGACGACGACGAAGAAGAAGAUGGGAGGGAAGCAGACGAAGGAAUCGAAGUCAGGAACGAGCCGCCGGCUCGUUUCAAUGCACAACAUCGUGUCCAGGGCAGCAUGAGUCCGCCGCCGAGUGAAAGUGAAAUGGGAUCGCAGAGCGUGGUGGGGGCUCAGAGUUAUAUGACGCCCAGAUUCGCCAAUGCGGAAUACACGCGGUAUUCAAGUCCGUUUGCACACCCCUCUUCUCAUCCUCACAUCACGAACGCUCAUGCUGUCUUAGGUGUCGCCCACCCACCAGACCCGGUGCCACAAGGCCACGACGAAGGCAAGAUGAAGCCGCAUGGCGUCCAAAAUCUUGCCGGCGCAGCAAUGACUGACCGAGUCUUAGAUGCAGUGCGUCUGCCAGGAAUAGAAGACGAUGGUGUCGACGACCCGUCCGAGAUGGGCGACAUGACGCGCCUGUCCCAAGAGGAGGUCAACGAGAGCCAGUACAGAGAGGAGGCGGAACUUAAGGAGAACGCCCUCGAUGCCCUUUGGCACACCUCCGAGGGGCUUGCGAAGCUGCUCCGGGAUCCGAAACCCAAAAAGCAGUCCUGGCACAGGCUGGUCGACGUGCUCCGCCGGAACUGGUUCAGCACCAGGGUCUUCUUCGCGGCCGAGGACAAGCUGUUUAUCGACCUGCCCCGGACCGUCCGGCACAUCAGCGAGGAGAAUGAGACCAAAGCGCGGGCCGUCAUCGUAGGGGCCAACGCAGCGGCGCUGUUGAACGCGCUGUUAGAGGCGGUGCUGGAUGGCCAGGAAGACGACCUCUUUGAAUUGCUCGAGCUAUUGGACGGAGGUUUUCCGAUACCAUUCUGUCCCAACGAUAACUGGGACCAUGACAUCGCCGAGAAGGACGUCGAGCUCGCGCUUGACAUCCGGACGCAGAGACUCGUCAACAGGCUGAAAAGCCAUCGAGACGAGCGGCAGAACCCCGCCGACGUGCUGGCGGAUCUCUUCUGCACCGCCGAGGCUUCGGACGAUGCCGAGGAAGCUCUGCAUAACGGACCCUACAAGGGUAUCGAGGGGCGCCUGGCAGACCGUUUUGGUGAGAGGGCCAGGGCGAUCCUUAAACUCGUCAACGGGAAGGACCUCGCAGAGGCCAUCCAGACCCUAGAGGAGAGGUUCCCUCUCGGAGGACCGCUCGACGGGCCCCAUCAACACCGCGACGUCGCGGAUGGUUUCGUCACCAAGAUCUCAGCAUGGUGCGGCAAGAUCAUUGACGAUAUCGAUCAGGGCUUGCGGGGUUUACCGUCACCGCCGAGGCAGUCUUCGCCAACGGAUUCCCUGGCCUCGUCUGCGGCGCAGGAAAUAGUCCGCAGAGACGUACACGAAGACAUACUCUCGCGGGCAAACGUGCACCUCCUCGCAACGCUCUCCCGACAAAGGCAGCUCUCGCAGGCGACACGCUCAUCCCCGGCCUCGACGAACCCGCGGCGAGGCACGACCCGUGAACCGACCGUCAAUGGCGGCGGCGGCGACGGCGAUCACGAAGACGACCGUCGCCGCGAAGCGUCUCUCGCGCCCACUGACAUUGAAGGUAUUCUUGCGGACCUCCCCAGCACCGCAAUCUCCCGCAACAACAACACCCAGUCCUCGUCCGCCGAGGCCGCUCGUAGAAGCAGCCCCGGCGCCCCCGCCCCCGACCCCGUCAACGCUCCCUUCGUCCGCUCCAGCUUCACCCCCGUCAACGGCGCCAAACGUGCACGCACCCAGGUCGACGACGCAGAGGACGACUUCGAACAAGAUGAUCGCGAGCCUGACCCACAACGCCGCGCCAGACUCGACCGCGACCGCCGCGACAUGCCGCCGCCCCCGUCCCGCCCGGAGAAGCGCGUCCGUCUGCCGUCCACCGCGCCGCUUCCGUCGUCCUCCGCAGGACACGCGGACCGCGCGCUGCACCAAAACGGCUCCGCGCCCCUCCUCCCGCCCGCGUCCUCGCGCGGCUCCCCCCCCAGCAGCACCAACAGCAGCGUCGGCUCGUUCCGCGAGCUCAGCGAGAUGAACCGCCGCGCCUCCUCCCGCGGCCCGCAGCAGCGCGUCCCCUGGUCUGAGCGCGACACCCGCCGUCUCAUCCGCCUCAUCGAGUACCACAACUGCCUGUGGGCGCGCAUCGCCAAGCGCCAACUCCCCGAGCACCGCCUCGACGACCCGGGGCCCGAGGUCCUGGAGGACUGCAUCUUCGACCACCCGCGCGACCAGCAGGCCAUCCGCGACAAGGCGCGGAACCUCAAGGUCGAUAUGCUAAAAGCCGACCUCAACCUCUACCCCGGCUUCGACGGCGUUGCCCUCGGCAAGAAGGAGCGCCAGGUUCUCAUUAGCCGCGGCAAGAACCCGGACCGCACCGAGGCCGACGUCGACGCGGACGGCAACCCGACUCACACCGAGUACGUGCCCCUCGGCGGCGACUACGAGGGUGACGAAGGGCAAGGAGAAGCGCUCGAUGCUUGA